AUGAAGAGCUUUACUCUCCCCGUCCUCCUCUCUGCCGGUCUCGUCGGCCUGGCCUCUGCCCGCACUGAUCUCGGCGGCUGCGUCUCCUCCGCCACCGUCAACCAGUGGAACGAAGCCAGCAUGAUCUGGUACGUCCCUGACAGCGGCGAGAUCUGCGACAUCCCCGACUGCGGUGGCGGUCGCGCUCCUCCCAAGUACAACCAGCCUGGCUGCGCUGCCUACACUGGCACCGAGACCCUGACGCCCAGCUACCUGCCUGGCUGGGGCCCCAACGGCAAGUCCGCCGCCACCACGGCUCCCACUGCCUCCGCGACCACCGUCGCCGAGACCUCCGUUGCCACCACCUCGGCUGCCUCGUCCACCGAAGACGCUACCUCCUCCUCGUCCAAGACCAAGCACGGUAGCACCUUGAUCACCGCCGGUCCUACCCUCUCCACGGCCGCUUCUUCCACCCCCGCCGGCUCCUCUACGCCCGUCAAGUCCUCCUCCGUCUCUGGUGGCGCCUCGGCUUCCGGCUCCAAGGGCUCUGGCUCUGGCUCCGGCUCCGGCUCUGGCUCUGAUUCCACCAAGACUGCCUCUGCAUCUGGCGGUCUUGCUACCGGCGCUGCCUCCAGCGUGUCUGGCUCCAGCCUUGCCGGUGUGGCUGCGUUUGCCGCUCUGGUCGGUGUUGUUGGUCUGUAG